AUGGAAGCUAUGGAGAAGAGUAUGAUCGCACCAAUCGGAGCUCGACCCACCACUCGAUCGAGUCAUGAGAAGUUGAGAAAAGAUGUUAAGGCAUUGAAUGAGAAGUUGGAUAAGCUGAUCUUAGCUCAGUCCACUAUGAAGAAAGUCAACUUUGUGUCUGCUGAAGAGAUGGAACCAGUCCAAGAAGGGGAGGAUACACAAUUUGCUGAGGUGUGCUACAUGAGCAAUGGGCAAGGAGGUUACAACAAAGGAUACUAUAAUUACAAGUCCAACCCUGCCAUGUCAUACCGAAACACUGAUGUUGCUAACCCUCAGGACCAGGUCUAUCCUCAACAACAGCAAGCUCGAUCGAGUCAAGCCCCACAACAUGGGUAUGGUCAAAAGAACAAUUACCAAGGACCCCAAGGGACUUUCCCUAGACAACAAAUGAAUAUACCACCAGGCUUUCCCCACCAACCACCCCAGCCUGCACCUACGCAAGAGAAUGAGCUCAAGGCAAUGCUAAAGCAACUACUUCAAGGGCAAGCUGAUGGGGUAGUGGACACAAGCAAGAAGCUAGCUGAAAUAAACUCCAAGAUCGAGAAUCUCAACACAAGGGUUUACUCUCUGGAGAAUCAUGCUUCUUCUGUUGCUGCUGCUACAAAGCAAGGACAACUACCUGGUAAAGCUAUUCAGAACCCCAAGGAACAGUGCAAGGUCAUCUUCACUCAAGAAGGACUUGUUGAAGAAGAGGAUCAAGAAAGGGUCAUUGAAGAUUUUUGUUUACUGCUGAAUGAUGAUGAGAUUGUUGCUGCUGAGGCUCCUGGAGUCCAGAUUGAUCAACCAGAAGUGUUGGACCUGGAUUUCCCUCCAGAAAUCCGGCCCAUAAGGCCCAUCACUAAGUCCUAA